UGCACGGAGAGGAGCCCAGGGGCGGCAGAGCCGGCGGGGAACGAGCUCGGAACCCGCUCGGAACCCGCUCGGAACCCGCUCGGAACCAGCGCGGCACCAGCGCGGCAGCACCGCGGGCCGCCCUCAGCCGCGGCCCGGCCCGCAGCGCCCACACAGCGCGGGCACCCGGCUGCCUUCCGAGCCGCAUCCCGCCCCUCGUGUGCCCCCUCCUUUGGCCGGGACUCUCCGCCGGGAUCUGCGCCGGUGUUGUUGUUUUUGGCCGGCGCGGCCGCAUCGAGGAUAUUUUGGCAGCGGCGCCUCGAUCACUUGGACGCCGCGUGAGGGGCCGGGGAAGCAGCGCGGGAGCGCCGGGGGCCAGAUGAGUGACUUUGGGAUCAGGAACAUGGAUCAAGUGGCUCCCGUGUCCAACAUGUACCGAGGAAUGCUCAAGCGUCAGCCAGCGUUUGACACCUUUGACAGCUCAAACUCGCUUUUUGCUGGAUAUUUUUUCUCACUCAGUGAAGACCAAACGCUUCAGGAGGUGCCAACAGGAUUUGACUCCACUUCUUAUGAGUCGAACAACUGUGAAUUGCCUCUGUUAACCCCGUGCAGCAAGGCUGUGAUGAGUCAGGCCCUGAAAGAUACUUUCAGUGGUUUCACAAAGGAACAGUGUCGGCUGGGUAUCCCAAAUAAUCCCUGGCUGUGGACUGAACAGCAAGUUUGCCAGUGGCUUUCAUGGGCUACCAAUGAGUUCAGCUUGGCAAAUGUCAACUUCCAUCAGUUUCUUAUGAGUGGCCAAGACCUGUGCAACCUGGGCAAGGAACGUUUCCUGGAACUGGCACCUGACUAUGUGGGUGAUAUUCUGUGGGAACACCUGGAACAGAUGAUAAAAGACAGCCAAGAGAAAACACAGGAUCAAUACGUGGAGAACUCUCACCUCACCUCAGUUCCUCACUGGGUCAAUAAUAAUUCCUUAACUGUUAACGUAGAUCAGAAUUCCUAUGGAAUGCAAAUGCCUGGAUACCCUAAACCCCUCAGUUAUCCCAAACCCAGUCUCCUGACUGACGUCUGUCAGACUUCCACGGCCCCCAAUCUCCUCAACCCAGAACAAGACUUCCCAUUGUUCCCUAAAACCCAAGCAGAUGCUGUUGGUGUGAACUACUGUGCAGUAAACCAAGAUUUCCCAAGGAACAAUCUCAAUCUGCUGAUGGAUAACUCUGGCAAGCUGAGAGAGCACGAAUCCAGUGACAGUGGUGCUGAGAGCUAUGAGAGCUCAGAUUCCAUGCUGCAGUCCUGGAACAGCCAGUCCUCCCUGGUGGAUUUGCAGCGUGUGCCAUCCUAUGAGAGCUUUGAGGAUGACUGCAGCCAGUCCCUGUGCCUGAGCAAACCUACCAUGUCCUUCAAAGACUACAUUCAGGAACGGAGUGAUCCUGUGGAGCAAGGGAAACCAGUUAUACCAGCAGCCAUCCUGGCUGGCUUUACUGGCAGUGGACCUAUCCAGCUGUGGCAAUUCCUUCUGGAGCUACUGACUGACAAGUCCUGUCAGUCCUUCAUUAGUUGGACAGGAGAUGGAUGGGAAUUUAAACUUGCUGACCCAGAUGAGGUGGCACGGCGGUGGGGCAGGAGGAAGAACAAGCCCAAGAUGAACUACGAGAAGCUGAGCCGGGGGCUGCGCUAUUACUACGACAAGAACAUCAUCCACAAGACGUCGGGCAAGCGCUACGUGUAUCGCUUCGUCUGCGACCUGCACAACCUGCUGGGCUACACCCCCGAGGAGCUGCACGCCAUGCUGGGGGUGCAGCCCGACACUGAGGACUGAUCCCAGCCUGGGGACAUGCUCUGGAGUCACCGUGGGGACAGUGCCCCGGAGCCACGGCCCCGCCGCGCGCGGGGAGGGGGGCGGCCGCCCCGGCGGGAGCCGCAGCCUUUCUGCGGCCGCGGAGAGCAGCGUGGCAGCCAGAGGGGCUCUGCAGCAGUGGGCACAGCCCUGGAGACACGGGCACACGCUGCCCAGCGCUUCCACACUGCCCUGCAAGGGUGGGGUUGGCUUUGAAACCCUUGGAAACCAAAGGUUGGCUGUGAGAAACCAGCAGAACUCUUGGCUGGGAUGUUUUCGAACACCACCGUCCUCAUGCUGUUUAUUUAAAAACUAAUUUAUUGGAAAUGAGCAGUAAGGAGAACUGGUAUUACUUUUGUUUUAAAGCACGUUUUGUUAUUGUUGUUAUUAUUGUUACUACUCCAGAAAUGUGCUGCACAAACACUCUCGUGUCCAAAACCAGAUGUAGCAGCAACUGUUAACAAAAAAAAAACAAAAAAAAUCAACACCCCACCCUUUAAAAGGAGGGAAGGAAAAUCAUACCAUUUCAAUAUUCAGUUUGUAUAUAUUCUGUGAUUCCUUUGGAAACUCUGAUGUUCCUAUUUAACAGAUACUGUAUAGUGUAAAUUAAACUAAUUGUAUGUGUGUUUUGAAAUAGGAUGAAUGUAAACUUAUCAAAUGUGGGGUAUUUUUUUUCAUGUUUGUCUAAGAUAUACAACCUUCUGCAAAUAUUGAAUUGGCCUGAGAGACAGCAGAAGUUCUAUGCUCAGUGUGCAUGCUUUUGGGGGGGGCAGGGAGGGAGGCCGGGCUCAGGAUUUUGCCAAGACUGAAGCUGGCAAUUCUUUGUGCAUUUUGGCAUUUUUACAGGAAACUAAUGUUGUAUUCUGGGACAUAAAAGGGCCUGUUUGUGGUUUCUUCUGUAACUGAAAAAUGAAAAUAUUAAUAUUGGUAAAACUACCUUUUUUUCCUUUAUAAAUGGCAUAUGUUUUUCAACUUCUAUGCAUGUACUUUUAAGAAAAAUUUAUAUACAAGCCUUAUUUUUUCAGUUCACAUGUCUCUUCCUGCAGUUUAUUCUGUAUGAUUAAAAUAUGAAUUCUAUUUUUGGAAAAACUGUGACUCCUUUUCAAAGAUCAGGAGAGUUUUAUGUAGCAGCUAUUUUUACUGCAAAAAAAAAAAAAAAGGAAAAAAAUCACUGGAAAAAUGUACUUUGUAUGAAAGCUUUAUUUUUUAUCUGAGCUUGAUGUACAGUUAAAUGUGUUGUACAGUGUGAGAGGUUUAAAAAUAUGACUUCAUUAAAACCUCUUGAAAAGAAAA